AUGCUGGUGCUCGGAGGUGAGGCAGGUGCCACGGACGGGCGGAGGCGCGGCUUGCUGAACGGCGAGGGUGCGGGAUCGCGGCGGCGCGGGACCGGUGCAGGCGCGGGUGAGGAGCGGACGCACGGCGAUGAGCGGCGCGGAGGCAACGCAGGCUGCUGGCGCGGCAGCGUCAGGCUCCGAGGUCAGGUGCGGGGGCGACGCGGGCAGCGGUACUGCGGAGACGAGCUGCUGAGGCGGAAGGGUUCAGUCAGGUCCACAUUCCGCACGACCACUUUCUAUGGGAGAUACAUCGAGGACGACGAUGGUUGUUUUAUCGAUUGUAACGACCUUGGAGUGGAGUUCGUCCAUGCCAAAGUGGAUGGCCAAAUUGAUCAGCUUCUCCAUAGAGACCCCGACAUGGAUUUGCUCGAAUAUUUGUCGCAAUUCCCGAACAAUUCAGUAGGCAAUCCACUAGUGGUGAUUCAAGUGAAUACGUUCGAGUGCGGCGGAAUAGCAAUUGGCUUGCGCUCUACACACAGGAUCAGCGACGUGUGCACCAUAGCCAUAUUCAUUAAUUCGUGGGCCACCGCUUGCCGAGGUAACGUAGAUGUUACAGUCUGUCCAAGUUUCGAGUUGUCGUCUCUAUUCCCAAUGAAAGUGUCGGCCGUUGCGAAUUGGCCUCCGCCACGGAGUACUGGCAGCAAGGAAUUCACGGUGUCUAGGUUCAGGUUCAGCGGUGAUGCUAUAUCGAAGCUGAGAGCCCUAGCAAGGGAUGAUGCAAAGGAUUCAAUGGCCAACAACUUCCAGCCUUCGAGGGUGGAGGUUGUUUCGGCACUAAUAAGUAAGGCUCUCGUCAAGAUUGAUCGAUGUGGACAGGGCGAAGAAAGGCCUAUCGCAGUUUAUAUGACGUUUAACUUGCGCGAUAAAGUCAAACUAAAGAUACCCGCAAAUUCUUGUGGCAAUUUCUUCAGCGUGAUUUCUGGGCGCUCCGAUCAACCCGCGGCCAGCAAAAGGAAUCCGGAGUUCAAUGAGAUGGUGAAUAUAAUCCACAAUAUAAUAUCGGACGCUAAAACGAAAUAUGCAACAAUAGUAAACAAGCAGGAGUUCUGCUCGACGGUGGGGAAUUCUAUAGCCGAAUUUGUCAAAGUCGCGUCCUCAAACGAAGUGCAUACGAUAUUUUUUAGUAGCUGGUGCCGUUUCGGGCUAUUUGAGAUUGACUUCGGGUGGGGAAGUCCGGUUCUCGUCAGCAACAUAUCAUUGAAUCUCAGAUCGGCCUUUCUUAUCGACGAUGAAGAGGGCAAAGGAAUUGAUGCAUGGACAACCACCACUGGAGAUGAGAUGAUUCUUCUUAAACAAGAUCCGGAUAUACUGGCAUUCACUUCCAAGUUGGAGGUGGAGAGGUUGCACGAAUAUGUAAUCUGA